AUCAGCUGAAUAUUGCACGAACAGCUGGGGAUAAAUCCCUGGAAGCAGAAGCGAGCGACGCUCUCGGGGGCGUUUAUCAGCUGAUGGCAGACAACGAGACGGCGCUACAGUGGCACCAGAGGGCUUUGGACAUAGCAGAGCAGACCGGAUGCGUGAGGAGCCAGGGUCGAGCCUACGGAAACCUGGGACUGACCUAUGAAGCUCUGGGCAACUACGAGCGGGCGGUGGUCUUCCAGGAGCAGCACCUGAGUGUGGCGGCCCAGACCAACGAUCUGAUUGCUAAAACUCUCGCCUACGGGAGCCUCGGGAGGAUACACCAUGCACUGCAAAACUCUGCACAGGCUGUGAUGUAUCUACAGGAAGGUCUGCGUCUGGCGGAGCAGUUGGGUCGGAGAGAAGAUGAAGCUAAGAUACGCCAUCGCCUCGGCCUGUCGCUGUGGGCCGGAGGAAACCUGGAGGAGGCUCAACACCAGUUGUACAGGGCGUCUGUGUUAUUUGAGACAUUUCGUCAUGAAACGCAGCACAACACGGAUUACAAACUCUCUCUGUUUGAUCUGCAAACCAGCUCGUACCAGGCCCUCCAGAGGGUCCUCGUCAGCCUAGGCCGACACGAUGAGGCCUUGGCGAUAGCAGAACGAGGGCGAACACGAGCCUUUGCCGAUCUCCUUGUUGAACGUCAGAAAGGAAGUCAGCUGGCAGCGAGCGCCGACCCGUACAUCCCGGUCACAGUGGAGAACAUCCUGGAGACGGUGAACGGUCAGAGGGCCGUGGUUCUGUAUUACUCUCUGGCUGGAGGCUUCCUGUACAGCUGGCUGAUAGCACCGGGCACAGGUAUUGUGAAGUUUAACGAGGUGUACCUGGGAGAGGCUGGGGUGGAGGCUUCAGAGCUCCAGGAUGGAGGAGGGAGUCCACAGAGCGGAAGAGGGGGAGGAGGAGGAGGAGGUGGAGGUCCUCUCUCUCUGGAGCAGUACAUCAGUAACGCCAGAGAAGCUUUAGGAGUGGACAGCCACUACAGCAGAGUUUGCUCCAGCAGCGAGACGGAGAGUGAAGCCGGAGAUCUGUUGGAGCAACAGUUUGAGGAGCUGAACAACAAACUCACCUCAGCCACAGACCCCACAGGUUACCUCCGCAUGGUGUCCAGAAACAACCUCUUCAACAGAAGCUGUCAGAGCAUGACGAGUCUGUACAGCGCCACCGUUUCUCCGGCUAAGGAGAGCUCAAACUCUCCUCUCUGCAGGCCGAGUAACAUCAGCAAACCUCCUCUGCGAGCCCUUUAUGACUUACUCAUAGCACCGAUGGAAGGGGGCCUGAUGCACAGCAGUGGACCUGUGGGCAGACACAGACAGCUCGUGUUGGUGCUGGAGGGAGAAUUGUACCUGAUCCCCUUUGCCUUGCUCAAAGGCAGCUCCUCUAAUGAAUACCUUUAUGAAAGGUUCAGUCUCAUUUCUGUCCCUUCUUUAGCCAGCCUGGGAGCAUCCGUCAAGCCUCAUCCUCGUCGUGGAGGCCCCUUCUACUGCUCUGACGGAGGCUCGGUGGCUGCAGUGGUCGGAGCUCCUCGCCUGCCCUCCUCUGUGAUGGACCGCUGGCUGUGGGGACCCUUACCUUCAGCCCAGGAGGAAACCCUGGGUCUCGGGGAACAGCUGGGGUGUCAUCCUUUAACCGGAGCGAACGCCACAAAGGAGCGCGUUUUAGCAGCUCUGAAUCAGGCCGAGUGCGUCCACUUUGCAACUCACAUAUCCUGGAAACUCGCCGCUUUGGUCCUCGCGCCCAGUCAAGACGGGAGAAUCAGGGGUUCAUUUUCAAAGAGCCACAGCAGCCCGGAGGGACUCAGAGGAGCAGACGAGAUGAGCGAGGACGGGGACAGUUUGUGUGACAUGGAGAGCAUGUACAACAGUCCACCUCUUCAUGACUUCCUCCUCACUGCUGCAGACAUCCUGGACCUGUGCCUGAGCGUCAAACUGGUGGUUCUGAGGUUGUACCCGGAGUCCAGCAGCAAGGUGUCAGCAGACGGGGUGGUGGGUCUGACCCGGGCCUUCCUGGCUGCGGGUGUCCAGUGUGUGUGCGUCUCUCUGUGGCUGCCGAUAGCCGCCUCCAAACUGUUCACGCACACCUUCUACACGGCGCUCCUCAACGGGAUCAAAACCAGCGCCGCUCUGACGGAAGCCAUGAAGACGCUUCAGAGCAGCAAACACUUCUCACACCCCUCCAACUGGGCGGGUUACAUGCUGAUUGGCAGCGAUGUGAAGCUGAACAGCCCGAUGUCUCUGGUGGCUCAGGCUCUGUCAGAGAUCCUGCAGUACCCGGAGAGAGCCAGAGACGCCCUCAGAGUGCUGCUCCACCUGGUGGAGAAGUCUCUGCAGCGGAUUCAGAGCGGUCAAUGUAACCCGAUGUACACGUCGCAGCAAAGUGUCGAGAACAAGGUCGGCGGGGUGCCCGGGUGGCAGGCCCUCCUCUCUGCGGUGGGGUUCCGGUUAGAUAUCUCCGGUAGCGGUGCUGGUCUCCCUGCGGCGGUUUUCUUCCCGACAUCAGACCCCGGGGAUCGUCUGCAGCAGUGCAGCACCACUCUGCAGUCACUGCUCGGUCUCACUCCUGCAGCUCUGCAGGCUCUCUGCAAACUAGUCACAGUGUCUGAGGCCGGAGAGCAGCUCAUUCAUAAGGCGGUUAAAAGCAUGGUGGGAAUGCUCCAUCAGGUCCUGGUUCAGUUGCAGUCGGGCGAUAAGGAUCAAGACUUCUCUCUGGCUCCCAUUCAGGUGUCAAUAAGCGUUCAGCUCUGGAGGCUUCCAGGCUGCCACGAGUUCCUGGCUGCACUCGGUUUCGAUCUGUGUGAGGUCGGUCAGGAGGAGGUCGUGUUGAAGACUGGGAAGCAGGCGAGCAGACGCAUUAUGCACUUCGCUCUUCAGUCUCUUCUGGCUCUCUUUGACUCCACGGAGCUUCCCAAGCGUCUGAGCAUGGACAGCUCCUCGUCGCUGGAGUCCCUCUCCUCCUCCCAGUCCACCUCCCAGCCUCACUCCUUACCCCUCUCCUUCAGCGGCUUCCCCCCUCAGCCCUCCUUCUUACCCCCCGUCUGCCCCGACAACCUCUCCUGCGACGCCAUCUCCGUCUACAGCCUCAGCUCCCUCGCCUCCUCCCUCAGCUUCCUGUCGCGGCCCGAGCCCGCAGGAAGUGACAUCAUCAGCCAGCGUUCGCAUCAGCAGGACCUCGAUAGAUCCCGAGGCGGAGGGGGUCUUUACUCCUCGCGUGGAAACUCGGGAGGCCUGCAAAGAGGUCGGCUGACCAAUCAGGGAGGAGGAGGAAGAGGGGAGGAGGACGACUACGAGGGGUACUCCAUCAUCAGCAGCGAGCCGUUAGGGCGAGGGAGGAGGGAGUGCGACACGCUGCCUCUGCCUGCAGGACACAGACAGGGCAGAGGGGCGGCAGGGCGUGGGUCUGCAGGGGCUCAUGGGUACCCUCUUACAAUGUCCUCCAAAGGAAGCGUCAGCACGCCCACGUCUCCGAUAAAAGCUCCGCCCCCGCUGCCCCGCAAGUCUCCUGCAAGCCCCAAAGACAGGCAGCAACUCUCGUCUCCUCAGAGGUUGGGGAAAGGGAAGGUCAGCAGCUCGGAGUCGGACCAGUCGAGCACCGAGACGGACAGCACGGUCAAGUCCCAGGAGGAGAGGACCGUGCCCGUGGGACAGCUGGACCCGCAGGAGCUGGCCCAGAAGAUCCUGGAGGAGACGCAGAGCCACAUGCAGGCUGUGGAGAGCCUGCAGAAGGCGAACAUCAGAGGGGCGACGCAGAGGGCGGGCGAGGGGAAAGAGGAGGUGCAGGCCAGGCAGACUUCUCUGUCCACUCCCACAACCCCGACUCUGACCGGAGGAGCGCGGGGGUUUCAGCCCUCUGAGACCAGCGCGUUCAGCAGACCUCCCAGCAGGGCGAGUUUAAAGGCUUCCUCGUCCCCUCUCUCCCCGUCCGUCUCAACGCCUCCUCCGACCCGGCCUAAACCUCCCUCCCGCUCCUCGUCCUUGCAGAAAAUCAGCUCCAGCGGUUACAACAGCCCGCCUCAUUCCUCUCCGUCUUUAUCGCUCUCUGUAAAAAAACAGAAUUCCUUUUUCUACACGGGUUCCUCAGACAUGCAUGCCCAGGCUCCGCUCAAAUUCAAAUACUCUCCCUCGCCUUACACCUCCCACGUGUCACCGUCCCACUCUCCUGCCGACGACGCCCCAUCCCCAGCUCUCUCCUACUCCUCUACAGGAUCGGUUUCUGCCUCCUCCAGCCCAGCAAACACCCACGAACUGAGCCAGGUCAAACAGGAUAAUAAAGUGCAGACUAUUCAUAACUUGAAGGCAUUCUGGGCCGGCGCCGGUCAGAAACACGAUGAGCCCUGUCCGGCCAGUUACCUCCGAGGUGGGAAUAAAAAAAUGAGCACGGUUCAGAAAGACGUUUUGGGUUUGCUCAACCUCUCGCCUCGACAUGAGUCUGUGAGCAGAGAUGCACGGGAAUCGAAAGAGCACAACACUGGCGAGAGACCGAAUGGUCACCAGAAUCUGGAGGCUAAACCGCCUCCGCCUCCUCUUUCAAAAAGCCCACAAACUCUAAAGGAAGCAUCAAACUUCCCUCUGGGAACGGCUUCAAGUUUCACUCUCCUGGACAUUUUUUCCCUUCUUCUAAAUGUUGAGGGUUUGGGAUAUCGGCCGUGCAGAACUGUAGACUUUUCUAUAAGAAGUGGAAGUAGCCUUUGUGACAUUUGCAUUAUUGUUUAUUUCAGCCAAAUGUGACCAUGUUUAGACAAAGGACAGGAAGCUGGAGAGGAGAGAGGAGUUACUGAAUGCUAAGUCGUCUGCUAAUGCUAGCACUCGCUUGUUAAGAAAGGUGCAUUUGUCAGUCACAGAAAACAGUAUUUUUGAUGAAUAUUUGUUUCUAGCAUAAAGCAGUCUUACACUGAAGUGGCUUUUACUUGCAUUCUUUCUGCUGGCCAGCAGGGGGCGAGUUCAUCGGAUGCAAAACAUAUAAAAGUCCAUGUAAAAAAUGAUCCUACCUUUUAAUUUAUAGUCUAAGGUAGCUCUGACGUUAGCUGAUGACUUUGCAUUUUCUAACCCCUUGCUUGGUUUUAGCUACCUGAACAUGUCAGAAACUAGCUACUUACCAAAUUAAACGAGGUGUACAAGACAAAUUCCCCAACUUGGAGCCUCAAAGUGGCAGUUAACAAACCAAUGGAUGACAUCACAGUUAAUGCAUUGAUCUUGUGUCUGUUUUUCUCUAAAUGGGGCCAUAGUUUAAAUCAUUCUGUACUGAGGAAGACUUGAGCUAGCGAUUGACACCAGAAACACAUCGGAAGAACUUACUGAUGUGAUAAAUAAAGUGAAGGCCCUGACGCACCAAGCAGACGGCAAAGAACUAAUGGCGACGAAGGCAAAAAGUUGCA